AUGUUGUCAAAAAAACUCUAUAAUCCAGUAACCGGCCAAAAAGCAAUAAACUACGAUAUCAUCGUAUUUUAUACUAACACAAAUGGCUGUUAUAAUUCUCUUAGGAAUAACUUAAAAAAGACUAUUCUCUCUGCUAUUGGAAGAUUUAAAGUUAGCACACAAAGCAAAAUCCCUCAUAUAAUUUCAUCAGAAAUUGAGUGGAAUCUCAAUUGUCAAGCUUAUCUUCAAAAGAAAAGUAUCUGA